AUGGAAGAAGGUCAACAGAGUUCAUCUCAAGUUGACCAAAAUAAGGUACAAAAUUUUGGACCACCCAAAGUUAUAUGUGAAUAUUGCCAAGCUAUGCUAUGGUAUGAGGAAAGAGCAGAAAAAUCUUGGAAACCAAAGAAGCCUUCCUUCUCUCUUUGUUGUGGCAAAGGGAAAAUAAAGUUCCCUCUUUUAAAAGAACCUCCCAGUUUUCUUCGAGAACUUUUAUACCCAGGUGUAAGCAGACAAAGUAAUAAAUUUAAGGAAAAUAUCAGAUCCUAUAACAGUAUGUUUGCUUUUACAUCCUCGGGAGGAAAUAUUGAUAAUACUUACAAUAAUGGUGGAGGACCAUAUUGUUUCUGUCUGAAUGGUCAAAAUCAUCAUCGUAUAGGUUCUUUGAAACCUGUACCUGGAACAACUUCAAAAUUUUGUCAAUUAUACAUAUAUGAUACUGAAAAUAAAAUAAAAAACAGGAUGAUAUCUAUCAAAAGUACCAACAAACUAGAUGAGGAUAUUGUCAAGGGACUACUUGAAAUGUUAGAUCUCAACAAUGUAUUAGUCAAAAGCUUCCGCAUGGUACGAGAUAGAAUUAAUGAAGAUGAAUUAAUGACAGUUAGAUUGGUGAUCAUGGCAUCAAGGAGUGGUGAUGGGAGGGAACAAAAUAUGCCAUCUGCAUCAGAAAUUGCAGGACUGAUUGUGGGAAAUGUUGAAGAAACAAUAGGCAUUCGAGAUAUUGUUGUCGAUGAUCGCAAGUUAGGAUUGUCAAGAAUCAGUGACCUACACCCCUGCUUCAUGGCAAUGCAAUACCCAUUGCUUUUUCCUUAUGGAGAGGAUGGCUAUAGGCUGGGAGUAAAGUUAUUGGAAGCAUCAAAUAACAAUUUGAAAAAAAGAAAAGAUGUGACAAUGAGGGAAUAUGCUGCUUUUCGUAUACAACAGUGUCAUAGUGAAGGCAAGACAUUACUUUACUCUGGGAAAUUAUUCCAAACCUAUAUUGUUGAUCUGUUUACAUGCAUUGAAGAAGAUAGGCUUCACUGGGUUAAACAAAAUCAAACCAAAAUUAGAGCUGAAUUAUACUGUGGAAUAAAGGAUGCUGUUUUUAGAGGAGAUACAGAAGGAUCUCAAGUUGGACAAAGGAUUGUAUUGCCAUCUUCUUUCACAGGGGAUCCACGUUAUAUGAAUCAAAAUUAUCAAGAUGCAAUAUCUCUAUGUCGUGUUAUGGGUAAUCUGGAUCUUUUUAUAACAAUGACAGCAAAUCCAAGGUGGCUAGAAAUCAAAGCUACGUUAGAAGAAAUGGGAGGACAAAGAUCAGACGAGAGGCCAGAUAUUGUAGCAAGAGUCUUCAAAAUCAAACUUGACCAGCUAAUGGAGGACCUUCAAAAAAAUUAUCAUUUUGGAAAAUGUGUUGGCGCUGUAUAUACGAUAGAAUUUCAGAAACGUGGACUGCCACAUGCGCAUAUCUUGCUAUGGCUUCAUGAGGGUAACAAAUAUCUAACACCUACUUUGAUUAAUAAGAUCAUUAGUGCUGAGAUCCCGGAUGAGAAAGAAGAUCCAAUUGGGUAUGCAGCAGUUGCUCAAUAUAUGAUGCAUGGACCAUGUGGAAGUACGUCUUCAUAUUCAUCAUGUAUGAAGCAUCAAAAAUGUUCAAAGAGGUUUCCUAAAAAAUACAAUUCUGAGACAAUUAUUGAUGAUGGAGGAUUUCCUAUUUACCGAAGAAGGGAGGAUAAUAGUAAAUGGAUAGAGAAAAUUGGAACAAGAUUAGAUAAUGGUUAUGUCGUACCGUACAACCGGUACUUGAUUGUUAAAUAUCAAUCUCACAUUAACGUAGAGUGGUGUAACAGAGGAAGAUCAAUCAAAUAUUUGUUUAAGUAUGUCACAAAAGGACCAGAUCAUGUUUCUGUUUCUAUCCACAAGGAAAACAAUGAUAGAUCCUCAAAAGUUAAAGAAUUAAACCGACAUGAGAUACAACACUAUCUUGAUUGUAGAUAUGUCUCAGCACCGGAAGCCAUAUGGAGGAUAUUUGGAUUUGAUAUUCAUUACAGAACUCCAGCAGUAGAGAGGCUACCAUUUCAUCUCCCGGAUCAGGAAUCAAUUAUUUUUAAAGAUAAUGAUAAUCUAAAUGACAUUUUGAAUGAUAUUGGAUCAAAGCAAACCAAGUUCAAUGGGUGGAUGGAAGCAAACAAACUUUAUCAGAGGCAAAAAAUCUCACAUAUGCUGAAUUACCAACUAAAUUUGUAUGGAAGACAGAUGAGAGAAGAUGGAAACCAAGAGAGAAGGGGCAGUGUUGGUCGAUUGGUUUACGCCCAUCCUUCUUCGGGUGAAAGAUUUUAUCUCCGUUUAUUACUAAAUGUAGUGAGAGGUCCUACAAGCUAUGCAGAUAUAAAAAACAAAGAUGGAAUUCAGUAUGAAACCUUUAAAGAGACAUGUGUUGCUCUAAGAUUGUUGGAUGAUGACAAUGAAUGA